GCCACGUUCCUUGCUCUUGCGCAAAAUGUCAAUGUCGACAUACUCCCCAUCACAUGGCAACCCCAGCUAAGCGGGCUGGGCGCUGGAGCCUCGGCCCUCGUCAAUCAAUCCUCCGUCCAUCUUAACAUGAGUCUAGCGUUCAAGAGGUACAAGCCGGUCGAGACAGGUGGAAGCGGUGAGAGGAUGCUGCUCCAAGAUGCCUUUCGAUCCUUCGCAAACGAGAUUCGGGUCCUGAGGGAGCCCUGGGUCCGACGCUGCAACUCCAUUCUAGACCUCCUAGGGAUAUGUUUCGAGGCGAAGCACGCGGAUGGGGUUCUGUGGCCAGUCUUGGUGUUCGAAAAGGCGCCGUUUGGUAAUCUUCGUCAAUUUAUGAACUCAGAGAUCGGCACCAAGUUAUCGGGUAGAGCUAAGCUCAGUCUAUGUCGGGAUCUGCUCCUCGCGGUGGCUACCAUGCAUGGAUGCGACAUUAUUCACGGCGAUCUCAAACCUGACAAUAUUCUCAUAUUUCCCCACCCGGAAGGAGGCUUUGUAGCCAAAGUCAUAGACUUCUGCUUUUCCCAUGUGGGGGCGGUUGGGAUAAAGUUAGAGACUGUGGUACUGCCAUGUCUCGUUUGUCUCUGGCUGUUCUUGAGAGACGAUUUAUGUCUCUACUGGGAAGACCAUGCGCGGACAUACAACAACAGUUACCGAGACCUUCUCAGGAACGACGAGAAGGGACUCUGUAAGCUGAAGAUUGAGGAUGAGUUGGGUGCUUUCGCAGACCGCUGCCUGAGCAAAUCUCCCUGGACGGGUGCACUUGGGAGCGAUGACAUAUCACGCCUACGGCGCUUUUGGUUCCUCACACUAGCCAGAGAUAAAAAGGAGCGACCUCUGGGUCUUUGGGGAAUGCUCGAUCCUGGCGGGGAUGCUGAGCGACCCACAGACAUGGACUCGUGGAUGAGUACCGUCACCCGUAACCAUGCUGUAGAUGGCGACGGUGGACGUGUUGGUGCUUUCAAGAUCUCGAAGUCCCUUCCGCAGCUCAUCCAAGCGGAUUAUCGGUUGCGGCGCCAGCUGGUAGAGACACUGGAUGAGAGUGUUACGCGCGGAAAUCUAGACGAUGCCUAUGAGUUGGCACUCUGCAAAGCUAUUGGAUUUGGGACUAGAAGAGACACUGCAAGGGCCCUGGAACUGGUCAUAAGCAGCCCGAAGCCCAUCUUUCAGUUGGAGACGGAUAUCGAUCGGCUGCGCCACGGGAGGGUCGUCGUGGAGUAUCAAGGACGCUUCGCCGAACUUUCUGACGAAGGAUACAUCCAGCGGUAUAUCCUAGACGUUGCUGGAAAGGAAGAUGUCACCCGAGUGCGGGACGCUUAUAACGACGAGAUUGGAGAUUUAGAGGGCGCUUUGGGGAGCAGCAGCCCAGCAGUCAUCCAACUGAAGCAGCGACUUGCGGGAAUUCUCCUGCAAAAUGGAGACUUCACCGAGGCAGGCGCUUUAUAUUCUGAUGUUGCAUCAGCAAUAGCGCAGAAACGGGACGCUCUACCCGAUUUCCCCUCGACUUGGAAUCCGCGCGGCUUCGAAGAACGAAAAGCCUGGGACUACAUAGCCACCAAGGCCAUCAAGGAGAAUACGGUCAGAAUGCUCCAGAGCCGAGGCGACAUGGUCGAUUCCCACCGGUUGGGCGGAAACUGGGCAGCGGCUGAGCGUAUAGGAACAGAGGCUCUUCCCCAACUUCUUCAGACUGUCGGCGAGGAACACUUGCAGACCUUGGCUGUGAUGGAGAGUCUUGCCAUGACGCACAUGAAACGGAACAAAUGGAAAGCGGCAGAACAGCUUGAAGAGAAGGUGCUUGAAGUGAGACGGGAGGUUUUAGGGCCGAGCCACCACCUGACGUUGCAGAGCGCUACGGUUCUCGCAUCCAUCUACGGCUGCGUGCAAAGCUGUAGAGAGUUUACCCCGGGGGUUCUUGGCUGUGCUGGAGACCAAAACGAGCGGAAACUGCGGUCAGAACAAAGGCGACAGCGACGACAGAAAAGGGGCGAGACGCUUCUCGAGAGCGUAAUGCAGUCCCCUGACCUGAUGAGGGAUCACCCAGUCUGCAUAGAUGCCGAGGCUGUCCUCGCCUCGAUAUACAUCGAUCAGCGACGGUGGGAUUUCACCGAAAGCCUAGAAUUGGGCGUUCUUGAGAAGCGGACAGAGACAUUAGGCCCGGACCACCCCGACACCCUAGCGAGUAGGGGGAACGUGGCCCUAAUUCUGAAGGCAAGGGGGGAGACCCAGGGCGCAGAGAAACACGAGAAAUUUGUUCUAGAGACCAGAAAGCGCGUGCUGGGGCCGAGACAUCCCGACACCUUGGUUGCCAUGACAAAUCUAGCGUUCACCUUAAAGGAAAGAGGUCAAGAGGAAGAGGCUUCCGCGUUGUUUGAGGAAGUCAGGAACCUAAAAAAAGAGCUGAGAAAGGAUCUCAAACGGGAAGUGGAAUCGCAGCAAAAGCGUGAGAGACGACGGAAGCGGCUGGGCCAUUUAGCAAGCCGCUUGGAACCCGGGGCAACGCGACCAAUGGAGCAAUCUCCAGUGGUGAACAGGGCGAGUCAAGAAGUUGACGAGUUCUUCAGGAGCUUGGGCUGAUCCAGAUGACUCAGGACGUACGAAUGCUAAGAAACGACAAUGCUUCGAUUGAUCAAAUGCUAGAUUGCAUUCCAUUUGUACCCAACUCCGUCGGGUUUGCCUCUCAGCCCAUAAUUCUGCAGAGACAGGCGCUCACAUGACAAAGAGCAAAUCAGUAUCUGCCACAGGUGCAAAGA